CCUUGAUAAAAGAAUAAGGACCAAAGCUCUGCACAGACGACAAGCUGUGAAGGUGACGAGCUAGUAAAGCUUUGCUGACGCUCACGCCGGUCUGGGUUCACCACUUCUCCGGAGGACUCCAAAUCGGCCAAUUCGCCCCUACAAUUCUUUAGUUCCCUAUUUCCCCGUGCACCUAUACGGCUAUACGCUUGUCUUCCAAUUUUCUGUUUUCUUAAGCCGCCGAUCAGAGUUUCAGAGGGAUCCACUUUGUCGGAGUUUCAGACGGUGUGGAGCUGUCUAUUCGACCCGGGGCACAGUUUCUCAGCCUUUGAUGUUGGAGCUGGUGCUGCUCUCUUGGAACGUGGAGUCUGAAGGUAGUAACUCAGAUUUGCACAAGAAAGCUGCUUGGAAUCACAGGAAAAAAGUGCUCAAGCUUGAAUUGACUUUGGAAAAGGCCUAUGGGUUGGAAAAAUUGCUUCGUGGUGUUUAUCUAGUCCUUUCCCCCUGUUUUGAUGAUGAAGCUCAAAGUAGUAUCAUGUGCUUGCAAGAGCAACAUUGUUAAAAUGUGGUGCACUGAUCAAUUAAUGAUUCAACCCCUUCAACUUUCAUGCUUUGUCCAUCAUAGGUAUUUUUCUAGGGGUGCAGAAGUAUUGGGCAUCCUUGCAGUGAGCGGAAUUAGUUUUCCAAAGAAAGGGCCAAGUUUUGUUGUGCAAUCUUUGUUGCAGUUGAAUUUAUUUGACGGGAUUUAUUCUCGUAGUUAUGCCACAGGUACUGUUGGGAUGGAGAAUGUACCUAUUCAUUGCGGUGCCAAUGAGGCUGCUGAUAAGGUCUACCAGACUAUUGUUGAUUACUCGAAUCCUGAUCAUAAAAUGGAGAGAGCCCUUGAUAAUCUAGGUAUAGAACUGAGUACUCCUCUGGUGGUAGACGUCCUGAACAAGCUUCGAUAUGAGGAGAAAGUAGCAUUUAGGUUCUUCACAUGGGCAGGAAAGCAAGAAAGUUAUAGUCAUGAGCCUCAGGCAUAUAAUGAGAUGAUUGAUGCAUUGUCGAGUACAAAGUACAAGGUCAAACAGUUUCGAAUUGUUUGUGAUCUGCUGGACUACAUGAAGAGGAACAGUAAACGCUCUGUUCCUAUUGAGGUGUUGUUAACAAUUUUGAGGCAAUAUACUGAAAAACAUUUGACUCAUCUUCACAAAUUUGCACGGAAGAAGAGAAUAAGGGUGAAGACACAACCUGAAACCCAUGCCUUCAAUUUACUGAUGGAUGCUCUAUGUAAGUGCACUCUUGUUGAGGAUGCUGAAGCCAUGUUUAAAAGAGUAAAGAACAAGCUAAACCCAAAUGCAGAUACAUAUAACAUUUUGUUUUUUGGAUGGUGUAGAGUUAGAAAUCCAACUAGAGGUAUGGCUAUUCUUGAGGACAUGAUAAAUGUGGGGCAUACACCUGAUAAUUUCACCUACAAUACCGCAAUUGAUAGUUUUUGCAAAGUAGGCAUGGUUAUAGAGGCUUCUAAGCUACUGGAAUUUAUGAAGUUGCAUGGAUCAACCAUGUCUAGUCCAACGGCAAAAACUUAUGCCAUUAUGAUUGUGGCUCUUGUCCAAAAUGAUAGAGUUGAAGAAUGUUAUAGUGUUCUUGGGGAUAUGAUACGCAGUGGGUGCCUUCCUGAUGUUUCUACAUACAAGGAUCUGAUUGAAGGUAUGUAUUUGGUUGGAAAGAUUGAGGUUGCUUACAAACUCCUGGAAGAGAUGGGAAGCCAAGGGUAUCCUCCUGAUAUUGUUACUUUCAAUUGUUUCCUCAAGGUCCUGUGUCACAAUAGCGACAGAGAUGAAUCAGUUAGACUUUAUCGUAAAAUGAUUGAAGUAGGCUGUGCUCCUAGUGUACAAACAUUCAACAUGCUAAUUGUGAUGUUUUUCAAGCUAAGGGAUGUUGAUGGUGCAUUUGAGACAUGGCAUGAGAUGGAUAAUAUCGGCUGCACACGGGAUACAGAGACAUAUUGUGUGAUGAUUGAAGGUCUCUUUAGUAGCAAUAAUACUGAAGAUGCAUGUUUGCUGUUGGAAGAAGUGAUGUUUCGGGGAAUCAAACUUCCUUAUCAGAAAUUUGACACAUUUUUAAUGCAACUUUCUGCAAUUGGUAAUCUCCAAGCUAUACAUAAACUCUCAGAACAUAUGAAGAACUUUUACAACCCAGCUAUGGCAAGGCGAGUUGCGCUGAACCAGAAGCGUAGGAGCACGAGUUUAAGAGGGAAGUAACAAGUUAUUUAUGCUUCAACUGAUUAGAAAGUCGAAAUGCUGUGGUGCAAGGGGAUUGUGCAUGUUUGAUAAAUGUGCAUUAGGAUAAAAGGACAUGGAGCUGACCAAACAUGUGAUGCUGAAUAUAUCCCCAUAUCCAGGAAGACAUUGUCUGACUUCCUAUGCCCCUCCGAAUAAGCAUCGUUAGUGGAAGCUAGUAUGUCGCAUUCUUGUUGUUUUUGUUACACUGGCUUAUUAAUUAUAUAUGACCCUGGGAAUACUACAGUAGUUUAUUUAGCAAUUUGAGUAAGACAGACACUCCAGAGGAGUUUAGAACGACAGUUUCUGUAAUUACCUUGAUGACUUAUUCAUAAACAGGUCUUGUACAACAGAAAGUUUGUUUCUUACAUCCCAAUUUUGAAAGUAC